GUAUUGAAAAUGGGGAAAAAAGGACGUUCAUUGUUCCUUUUCUUCGUGGCUGCUCUUCCAAUAAUGGGUAGCGUUGGUCAGGAAGAUGGGGACCACAACCACAAUGCUGCAGAGCAUGCUUCCCUUCUCAACCACGUGACCAUCGCGAUUCUAGGCUGCAUCUUGAUUUUGACUUUGAUUUUCGAGGUGGCGCAUGAGACGAUCAUCGAAACCCUCAAGGAAAAGCAUCUGCACCAUGCUCUCGAGAUCAUUAACGCUGUGAACAAGGAAAUGACAAUUCUUGGUUUCAUCUCUCUGCUGUUGUUUGCAAUGACAAGACUUGGCUUUACAAUGCAAGCAAGCGAUAAUUUACUGGGACAGACAGAGCUCGAGAAGAUCGGAAUAGAGGAAAUAAAAGAAGAAGGAGGAAACCCAUAUGCUGCCCCAACACCGCUGUUCGAACUCUUUGAGCAAGUGCACAUUACGGUCUUCCUCUUGAUGGUCACCUUCGUUGGCGCCAUUGGCUUGAUGUUAGCCGCCGCAGUCAUCGCAACUUCCAGAUGGAGAAGGUAAACUUACUAUUCCUGGAGGUGGAUCAAUAUUUCUUCGUUGAAAUUCAACAUUUCAGAUACGAACGCGUCGAUUUUAUGGAGCUGCAGAAGAAAGUGGAGAAUGGAAGCGUGUCCACGGCUCACCUCAACUUUUGGUUUUUGAGGUAUAAAUUCGUCAACCCCUCGAACCCGCUUUUCGCCCACCCAAACGCAGGCUUCUCAUUCGGCGAGUACCUGUCUGAAAGGCUGACAGCCCUGGUUGUCCAACUUGUAGAAGUUUCGCCCUCGACGUGGAUUGUCAUUAUGGCCCUUGCGCUGCUCGUCCGCCCAGUACUCGAGUUCGGUCCAAGAGACACUGUGAAGUUUUUCUUGGGUCUCGCUGGGGUGCUGGCUUUCUGCACCGCUCUCCUCUACCUGUACGUCUCCAGAUUACUAUCAAAACUCUGGCCUGGGAGCGCGGCUGUGGCGAACCAUAUCCAGAAUGUGACCAAGCCCGGCUACCACGGCGGUCCUGGAGAAGUUCCCAUUGAAGCGUUCGAUCCUGUAGUGAAGAACAAUGCUUUUUGCGCCCUCAUCCAGGGUACAAAGGCAAUUAACUGCCAAGAGAAUCUGUUUCUUUUGGGGGCGAGGGGCCCGAAAGUCAUGCAGACCGUCAUUCAGUUGCUCAUCUUCGUUCACGUUGUUACGAUCGCCUGCUUGGCGAAAAUGAUGCUCUCGGGUCACUCUCAGCACGUUAUCGUCGAGCCGAUGGGUUACUGGACGGGGUAUGUUCCGCUGGUCAUCGUCACCGUGAGCCUCUCAGUUUUCCCGCUCAUCACAGCGAUGUUCUCCAUUUUCACGAGCGUGGGAUAUUUUGCCGACAACGAGGCUCUCAGACGAAGCACUGAAAGAAUUCAGCGGCGAAAGCUCGCACGCUACCACCAGAUUCUGGUCUUCCUCCAGCACAAGGCCAACAUCUUUUUUGCGCGUCAGCGGAACAAUAUCCAGGACGAGAUUGGCCGGGCAAAACGGGUGUACGAAUCUCUGUCGGCGGACACUAAGCGCGGCUACCAGGACAUCUUUCAAGCAUUUUCGAUAAACGGCAAGGAACCCCGGAUUUCGUUAUCUAACGUGUUCCUCAUGAUGAAGGCAUUCGAGCUCGAUAAGCGAGUUCCCGAUUGCAGAAGGAAGAUAAAUGAAUGGAUGGCGAUUUUGGAUACUGAUAAAAAGGGAGAACUGGUAUUUCCCCAGUUCGUCACACUCGUGCAAUAUCUCAUCCAAGACGAUGCCCCUGAAAUGAAGAACAGAGCACUAGAAGAGCAACGACUUAACGAUUUGUUUAAUGCUAUCGACGCCGAUGGUGACGGCUUUGUAACCAUGGAAGAGCUGCUUGAUCAGCUGCAGGGAAUCAGGCCGCCUGUCUGGACCAACGAAGCAACAGAGCUUAUGGCCGAUAUAGCAGGAGGUCGUUACGGUGAACUCGUGAGGCCUCAGCAGCUUUUUGCUUGGGUUCAUGCUACGGAGGAGCAGGCACGAACCCUUCUUCCGCAGGGUCAUGAACCUCAUCAUUAGUGACGGUAGUACCGUUGUGAUCUACGGGUCACACAGCAUAGACGAUUUACUGCUGUGGCUACCGGUGGCAACCCCGUACAUCCGUUUCUCUUCUGUGAGAUCGUGCACUGCCCUUCAGACACAUGGUAGGUAGCGUGAAUCAGCCGCACACUACCAGCGUAGCCAGUCCAGGCUUAUCAAUUAGAGACCAGGAGAGUGACGUAUUUUGCUUUCUGGACAUUAGACAGGGCAGUUUACUCAGUCCAACCACCACCACUCUGAACUGGGGGCGCAGUUCGUGCGCCCGUACCUUCACAUACAGAAUUGGACUGAGCAGCUUACUCCUACAGCACCGGAAUAUUGGACGUUUUUCUGAAGCCGAGUACAGAAGAUAAGACCGCUGGAGCAGCGCUACCCUUUGUGUGCGAGACAAGCGGUGUGACAAUUUAGACUCCUUACGAAGGAUCUUCCAAGGGGUAACUGCACUAACAUAUAUGAGGCGGAGCCUACUCUUGAACAUGUCUCUGUUUCUUUCUCUUCCUUUUGCUGAGGAUGUACAAGUGAACUACUGGGAUUCGUGUUCCUUGAAACAAGCUGAUCCCUGCAUAGCUACAGUCUCGU